CCGGACACCGGACCCCGGACCGGGCUCGUGGGAGGGAGAGGAGGGAGAGGAGGGAGAGAGACACGAGACGAGGGAUGGCUGACGCAGGUGAGACGAGCUUCUACUCCAAUGCGGUGGACUACUGGAGGGACGUGCCCCCCACGGUGGACGGCAUGCUGGGCGGCUACGGCAGCAUCUCCAGCAUCGACAUCAACGGGUCCAAAGGGUUCCUCAGGAAGUUCCUCGGGGAAGGCGAGGGGAAGACGGGCACGGCGUGCGCUCUGGACUGCGGCGCCGGCAUCGGCCGGAUCACCAAGCGGCUGCUGCUGCCUCUGUUCCGGACCGUGGACCUGGUGGACGUGACGCAGGAGUUCCUGGACAAGGCCAAGACCUACCUGGGGGAGGAGGGCCAGCGCGUGGGCCGCUACCUGUGCAGCGGCCUGCAGGACCUGGUGCCGGAGAGCGGGCGCUACGACGUCAUCUGGAUCCAGUGGGUCAUCGGCCACCUCACAGACGACCACCUGGUGGACUUCCUGCGGCGCUGCCAGACGGCCCUGCGGCCCAACGGCCUCGUGGUCAUCAAGGACAACGUGGCGCUCGAGGGCGUCGUGCCCGACGAGGUGGACAGCAGCGUCUGCCGCGACCUGAGCAUCGUCCACGCUCUGGUGGGCCGAGCCGGCCUCCAGAUCCUCCACGAGGAGCAACAGACGGACUUCCCCAAGGAGAUCUACCAAGUCCACACGCUGGCGCUCAGAUAGGACCCCCCCCCCACGAACUGAGUCACCUCCUGGGGGCCACCAGGUCUCCAGCUGUGGCUACUCCCUUCUGUCCAGGUCAUGAAGGCCACAUUAAAGCUCUCAGCCAAUGAGGACGGAGGAUCCCGUCUCUCCGUGACCACCUGACUACUCGCGGCUCAUGAAGCCGCAUCACUUCCUGGUUCUCAUGUCGUCCACCACUCUCACAACGUCAUGCUCCUGUUACAGGUGUGCUCGGGCCUUGUGGCUGUGGUUCAAUGUUUUUAAUUAGUUUUCAUGAAUGUUGAUUAAAUGAAGAACGAGAA